AUGAAUGAGCUGAGUGACAGUGGAUUCCUUUUUGGGCCAUUAUUGACAGCGUUCCGAAGUGCCGCGUUCCCACGCUUAACUGACCCUUUCAGUGGUUGUUACAGUGAGAGUGAUACAGAAGAGCUCAAGACAGACGACGAGUUGCCUGGUAGGAAGCGCCUGCGCCUACCAACAACGUCGUCUUUCUCAUCCUCUGCGGACACAUCCUUCCGAGCCGAGGCUUCCUCUCAACACAACCUACCGGAUAUUGAUGACCUUUUCAACGAUCUGAUAAACCAACCUGAAGCUUAUGUGGACAAAACUGCCUGCAUCGCUCAACUACCCGCUAAAUACUUUGCCCUGUUGGUUCGUCCGCCACGCUUCGGGAAGAGCACCUUCCUCUCGACUUUGGCAGAGUACUACGAUGCUCGCAGUGUUCUCAGAGACGAUGACUGGUCCCACCUUGACGUCUACAAGGCCUCGACGAACACAUUCGCGACUCGUGACCGACAUUUGUGUCUGCUUUUCUGCUUCCCAACCACCAUUAUGCGAGGGCAACCAAGCGACAUCGAGUGGGACAUUCGGUCUCACGUCUCCGGACAAUUGUACUCGUUUGUCUACAAAUAUACUGCAGAACUUGGCUUGUCGGGCGUCUCAGAUAUUCUCGAGGUCCCGGCGUUGCAUGGACAGCCUAAUAUAUUGGCAAUGUUUGCUAAGUUUUGGGAUAUCGUAAAAAAGAGUAGCUACGAUAUUUUUGUUGGCGUCGACGAUUACGAUGCUGCGAUCUCUGCCCAUGAGUUUCUUCUGUCCGAGGAUGGCGAAUAUGAUGGCCGCCUGGGGCUCAGAGACACAAUCGAAGAGCUGUUAGACACUCUUUUCUGGUGUCCUCUGUUGGAUGGGAUCGAUGUUAUUGCAAAGCUUCUCGUGACGGGGACUCUUACACCCCAAACGUUGAAUCCGCAACUGUCAAAGUCCAUGUCCGCAUUUGCCCUGAUGGAGCUGCCGGAGCUCGCUCUUUCCUGUGGCUUCAAUGACGACGAAGCCCACAACUUCAGCGGUGCAUUUCUACCACACUGUCCAUCGGCCACCGACUUUCGAGACCUCGCAGGUCAAUAUUACUUUCCUCCUCAUUGCACAUCAACGCCCUUACUUCACCCGCAACAAAUCAUCCUACAUAUCGCUCGCUUGGCCAACAAGGUGCUAUCGCCUCGCCUCACCACUCCCUUCCACACUCUUUCUGUGAUGCUUGAAUCUUUACAAGAGGAUGCCGAUGAUGAAAGAGUGACGAUCAAUACGCUCAUUGACUUGCUUACGCAAGGCACACUUGAACACACAGGAUAUCGACCCCUACAUGGUUGGGCCUUCACAGUUGAAGCGCUACGAGACCUGGGUCUUCUGUCAUAUGAUCCAGAACGGCAGCUCCGGGUGGCAAGCAAAAAUCUUUUGAGAAAGAUACAUUCGACAGUCUAUCCUGUGGCGAGAGCCUACUUCGAUCUCCCGUCGGAACUCGCUCCUGCUCUGUGUUUGGAUGGCGGGUUUCAGCGCUUGCUCGUUUUAGCGACGAAGGUUUUGGCCAAUCGGACACGUAGAAGCUUGUCGCGGCGAUCUAAUAUGGAACCCACCAUGCAUGGCGUCUUCGAACUUCUCUUCCGCAGUCCCAUCUCUGCUUGGGAGGACGUCUACGACUCUUUUAUACUGGUGCCUGCGCAACAACUGCCUUAUAUCGACGAAAAGCCCAGUCCUGACGUAGAGCCGCGUCGAUGGGGGCUGAGAACUUUGACGCUUCGAGGGCUGUGGAGGGCUUUAAACCCGAACGACGGCGACCCGACCUUUGAAGCCCUUACAGCCCUACACGAAGAGCUGGAGACAAUGGAGGAACCCAAAAUUCGCGAGAUGCCGUUUUCCGAUAGCGAGGGUAUUGUUUCGCGGGUGGAAGACUACCUUGUACCAGAGCAAGGAGUCAACAUGAUGGUUGCCGUAGGUGGCACCCGCGUCCUCAUGCCGCUCGCUUCUUCGUUGGAUAAUCUUAGCUCAGCUAAGCAAGUAGAUUAA